AUGGCGGAGUGCUUGGCCGCACGUUUGACCGCCCAGGAGGAGCAAAUCCGGCUCCUCUCAAACGAAAUCUCCACUCUCCGGGACGGAUUAAGCCGAGGUGUGAAUGCCGUCGUUGCUGCGGGUGUUACCCCGGAGCUGGAGAGCCUGCGGGCCGAGAACGAGAAGCUCAAUUACCGGCUGCUGCACCUCCGCCGGGGUCUGCAGGCGGAGGUGCAGCUGGAGGAGGCGCAGGGCAAGAAACAACAAGGAGGGAAGUGUGGUAAAGCACCGGAGAAAAACACCAGCAAAGAGCAGCAGACAAACAACCGACCUGAUAAAAAGGUGGCAACCCCGGAUACUAAACCAGCUGACAGGAACAAGAAGGAGAAGAAGCAGGAUAAGGGACAGGGAAAUGGAGUUUUGAAAGAGCAGAGGACAUUGCCUGGAUACGUUGCCGAGCGCCUCAGCCUCUAUGAGGAGCUGAAGAGGGAGAGCGAUGCCCUGUUGGCAAAGAAAGCUGCAAACAGCAAGCCCAUUACUGUGCAGCUGCCAGACGGACGGAAGGUUGAAGGCAAAGCAUGGGUCACCACACCAUACCAGCUGGCUUGUGAUAUCAGCCAGGGCCUGGCAGAUAACGCUGUGAUUUCUCGGGUGAACGGGGAACUUUGGGACCUGGACAGAGCCCUCGAGCAGGACUGCUCUCUUGAGAUCUUGCGCUUUGACAAUGAAGAUGCUCAGGCUGUCUAUUGGCACUCCAGUGCUCACAUCCUGGGGGAGGCAAUGGAGAACUAUUACGGAGGUUGUUUGUGCUAUGGACCCCCCAUUGAGAAUGGUUUCUACUAUGACAUGUUCCUGGAUGGACAGAAGGGAGUGUCUAGCAAUGAGUUUGGGGACCUGGAGAGUUUGUGUAAGGCUGUGGUGAAGGAAAAACAACCCUUUGAAAGACUUGAGAUCAGCAAGGAGACACUGCUGAACAUGUUUAAGUACAACAAAUUCAAGUGCCGCAUUCUCAAUGAAAAAGUCAACACCCCCACUACUACAGUCUACAGAUGUGGGCCCUUGAUUGACUUGUGCAGAGGUCCCCAUGUCAGACACACAGGCAAGAUCAAGGCCAUGAAAAUCUACAAGAACUCUUCAACCUACUGGGAGGGCCGCUCCGACAUGGAGACUCUACAGAGGAUCUAUGGGAUUUCUUUCCCAGACUCGAAGAUGCUGAAGGAGUGGGAACGUUUUCAGGAGGAGGCCAAGAAUCGAGACCAUCGUAAGAUCGGCAAAGAUCAGGAGCUGUUCUUCUUCCAUGAUCUCAGCCCUGGCAGUUGUUUCUUCUUACCACGAGGAGCCUACAUCUACAAUACACUCACAGAGUUCAUCAGGGAGGAGUACUGGAGAAGAGGUUUUCAGGAAGUAGCCUCACCCAACAUCUUCAACAGCAAACUAUGGGAGACAUCUGGCCACUGGCAACACUACAGCGAAAACAUGUUCUCCUUCCCUGUGGAGGAUGACAUCUUUGCACUCAAGCCCAUGAACUGCCCCGGGCACUGUCUGAUGUUCAGCCACAGGCCUCGCUCGUGGAGGGAGCUUCCUCUGAGGCUGGCAGAUUUCGGGGUCCUCCACAGAAAUGAGCUGUCAGGAACACUCACCGGGCUCACCAGAGUGCGGCGUUUCCAGCAGGAUGACGCUCACAUUUUCUGCACAAUGGAUCAGAUCGAGACCGAGAUGAAGGGCUGCCUCGACUUCCUCCGCUGUGUUUACCAUGUUUUCGGAUUCUCCUUCCAGCUUCACCUCUCCACCCGUCCAGAGAAGUAUCUGGGUGACAUCGCUGUGUGGAACCAGGCGGAGAAGCAACUGGAGAACAGCCUGAAUGAAUUUGGGGAGCCAUGGAAACUUAACCCUGGAGAUGGAGCUUUUUAUGGACCUAAGAUUGACAUUAAGAUCAAAGAUGCAAUUGGACGAUACCACCAGUGUGCAACCAUUCAGCUGGACUUCCAGCUGCCCAUCCGCUUCAACCUGACUUUUGUGGGGAAAGAUGGGGAUGACAAAGCCCGACCAGUCAUCAUUCACCGUGCUAUUUUGGGCUCAGUGGAGAGGAUGAUUGCCAUAUUGACCGAGAACUAUGCAGGGAAAUGGCCUCUGUGGCUCUCUCCACGUCCGGUGAUGUUCGUGCCUGUCAACCCCUCCUGUGAGGAUUACGCUAAAAGGUUGUGUAAGCAGUUUACAGAUGCUGGUUUCAUGGCAGAUGCGGACAUCGACUCCAGCUGUCUUCUAAACAAGAAAAUCCGCAACGCUCAGUUGGCCCAAUAUAACUUCAUUCUUGUGGUCGGAGAGAAGGAGAAGAUGACUAACGGCGUCAAUGUGCGCACUCGGGACAACAAAGUCCACGGAGAGCUUUCGGUGUCCGAGGUGCUGGCUCGCCUGACCCUGCUCAAACAAUGCCGCUGUCCAAACGCAGAGGAGGAGUUCUGAUCAAGACAAAGAACAAGCUAGACUCUUGCCUUGGAAUACCUCAAAUAUAGUCAGAUGAGCAGUAAAGAAACAAGUGAAGCCACAUGUAAAGAUAGUACAGUGAAAGUGUAGAACAUCAAUCAGGAACGGAUGAGCUGAUUUUCUGCAAGUAAAUGUGACGAAUGGGGCGACUUUUAAAUGCCCACUGAUCAUAUGAAGGUUAGAAAGGGUCAUGUUUGUGUAUGUGGGUAUUAAAAUGUCAAAGUCUAUGUGAAGGGAAAUUGGUUAAUGAUGGAAGGAACCACUGAUGAUUGUCAUAAUGAAGGUUAUCGGAAUUUGGCACUGAUUUUUCAUAAAGGUCUGUCUCUGUGGGGAACCAUAGAAAUAAAAAAAAUUGUAAC